AUGCUCAGGACCAGGAACGUGAGCUGGUACCACGCCGUCUUGGCCAACGUUCCGUACACCACUGGCACGUUUUCGGGGUUGCCGUUCAAAAUGAUCACUCAUGGAAUGGCAAGACUUGUGCUUCUCUUCAUUGGCGAAGUUAUCAUUGGGUUCACAGCAGUGGAUUUCCAUAUCGCUGUCGCCAGAGGUGAUCGUGAUCGUUGGAGUUUCAAUCACAAUUGUAAUUGGAUCGGUGAUUCUGGAUCCGGCUCCGACGACUUUUUUGAGGACGAUAAUGAGUUUGAAUUUUGGCCUGCGAUUAUGGUCGGAGGUGACACAAUGUUUGAGCCGUUCAAGUCAGAUUUAACUUCGAUGUUGGCUAUGACGGACUGCCAGCCACUUAAAGAUGUGUGUGAAUUCAUGAUGUCAAUAUGA